AUGAACAACACAGAUAAAUCUGGCGAUAAAACGCCUCGCGAUGAGACGACAGAGGAAUUACCUCUUAAAACGGAAGCAAAGAAUGCUGUCCAAAACAUGACCUUUAUUGAGAAGAUAAAAUUCAUCAAAUCGAAUGUAACGGUAGAACCGGUCCUAGCUCUGUUUGUGAUGCCGAGCGUGCUGGCUAUGUUAGCGACGCAAAAUUUGAAUUUGGAGAAAGCAUGCAGGGUCAAUCUAGAGUUUGGAGACGAGGCAUGCACUGCUCUUAGACUUAGAAAACGAGCGAAUUACACAUAUGAAGAAGAAGAAGUACAGAAACUAAUAGCUUCAGUUCUAGCGUGGAGGAGCGUGGUACACACAGCAGUACCGACAUUGUUGAUGCUCUUCAUAGGCGCGUGGAGUGACAAAACAGGAAAGCGUAAGAUCUGCAUGCUAAUGCCGAUCUUUGGGGAGUUCAUGACGUGUAUGUUGAAUAUGAUAAACACGUAUUUCUUUUACGAGAUCCCAGUGGAGUGGACUGUACUUAUGGAGGUAAUAUUCCCAGCUCUGACUGGAGGCUGGUACACAAUGUUCCUAGGUACUUUUAGUUACUUAGGCGAUAUUACUUCUAAGGACACAAGGACUUUCCGAUUGGGAAUUUUGAACUUGUGUAUGACAGUGGGAUUUCCUAUCGGGAUGGGACUGAGUGGGAUCUUGCUUCGGUAUCUCGGAUAUUACGGAGUGUUCUCAAUAUCAGCAAUGCUGCAAUUUAUCAAUUUCUGUUACGUAUUGUUUGUAAUAGACGACCAUACUUGGCUGGAGAACAAAGACAAGGUCAAAAGGACGGGGGUCAGCGGCUUCUUUUUAGAAUUUUUCGACUUCCAAAGCCUAAAGCAUACUAUAGAAAUAGCAUUCAAGAAAGGACCGAAUAACAGGAGACUUCGAAUAUGCCUGAUUCUGACUGUCGUCUGCCUAACAUUUGGACCUAUGUGGGGUGAAAUGAGUGUAAUAUACAUAUUCACUCGAUAUCGCUUCAACUGGGAUGAAGUAAAGUACAGCAUCUUCUCCACCUACAGUCUUAUCACGCAUUCUGUCGGAACACUAUUUUCCAUCAGCGUGUUCAGUAAGAAGCUGAAGGCAGAUGAUGCAGUACUUGGAAUCAUUUCUACUAGCAGUAAGAUAUGCGGAGCCCUUGUAUUCGCAUUCGCUAGGAAUGACUAUGAAGCAUAUUUAUCACCACUUUUGGAAAUCUUGAACGGCACCUCGGCGAUAGCUCUACGUUCGAUUGCUUCUAAAUUAGUCACAUAUCAAGAAUUAGGCAAGGUGUUUUCAUUAUUCGGUGUGGCGGAGACGGUGAUGCCGAUCAUAUUCGCGCCGCUGUACUCCAGGAUAUACAUAGCAACACUGACUGUGUUACCAGGGACCGUGUUCCUCGUCAGUGUCAUCGCUACCAUACCUGCACUUGGAAUUUUUGGAUGGUUCUACCACCAACACAAGAAGGAUGAGAAAGAGAAAAGACUGAACGUGCCCAAUACUCCGCCCCUGCCCGGGGAUAUCCCUGUAAUGCCCGCAUAG